AUGGACGGUGAGAACAACGAGUCGGACGCCAAUGCCAAAGAGGAGGCAGUUGGAGAUGAAGGGGCUUUUAAUGUUCUAGAUGACACGGAUUGUCGUCAUGCUAAUGAAGCAAACGGAUUUACGACAGAACCUGUCAACGCAGUCUAUUUCGUCGUACCUAGCAAAUCUGCGGAGGCACCACCUGUUGGCAAGAACUACCCCAACACAACUGGCAUUUCUACAGAAACGUGA